AUGGGGCUCUUCAUGAUCAUCGCAAUUCUGCUGUUCCAGAAACCCACAGUAACCGAACAACUUAAGAAGUGCUGGAAUAACUAUGUACAAGGACAUUGCAGGAAAAUCUGCAGAGUAAAUGAAGUGCCUGAGGCACUAUGUGAAAAUGGGAGAUACUGUUGCCUCAAUAUCAAGGAACUGGAAGCAUGUAAAAAAAUUACAAAGCCAUCUCAUCCAAAGCCAGCAACACUUGCACUGACUCUUCAAGACUAUGUUACAAUAAUAGAAAAUUUCCCAAGCCUGAAGACACAGUCUACAUAA